AUGGAGCAAAACAACAACCAUGUAGAAGAUUUCUCUUUGAAUGUCUUCUCUGUUACUCCUUGUCAGCCAAACAGAUCUGAUGCCCUGGUGUCAGAUGGGGAUAAAGCUGGCACCACCCUGCUUUUUUCAGGUGUGUUUUUGGGACUGGUGGGAAUCACUUUCACCGUGAUGGGGUGGAUAAAAUAUGACGGCAUUACUCACCUGGAGUGGACUCAGUUACUAGGCCCUAUUCUGCUCUCUGUUGGGGUGACUUUUAUUCUGAUUGCUGUUUGUAAAUUUAAUAUGCUUACAUGCAAGCCCUGUAAAGAAAGAGAGGAAAAUACAUCAGACCUUGACCAGACUGCAAGCGGACAGUCCUUCGUCUUCACCGGCAUUAACCAGCCUAUAACUUUUCACGGCGCCACAGUGGUACAGUACAUCCCUCCGCCGUACCCGUCCCAGGAAGGCAUUGCUGUGAGUCCUGGCUACCUUCACCCAGUGCUCAGCUGCUGCGGUGCCGUUUCCUCCAGUGCCUCUCCGGUUUCCGCUUCAGGCUCUCCUCACUUCUGCCCUGCCUACCCACUGGAUAACCCAGCUUUUACUGGAGAUGAGAACUACGCUACUUACCCUGCAGAGAACACCAGGAAUCAGAGGUCAGAGGACAGUUCUGAUGAGCCAGAAGAAUUGCCAGAAGACUAUGCUUGUAAUAACUUGUCACCUCCACGUUAUGAGGAAAUAUACCCAAUGUCUUCAUAA